AACAGCACCAUGCCUGAGCCAGCCAAGACCGCCCCCAAGAAGGGCUCGAAGAAAGCCGUGACCAAGACCGCCGGCAAAGGAGGCAAAAAGCGCAGAAAGUCCAGGAAGGAGAGCUACGCCAUCUACGUGUACAAAGUCCUGAAGCAGGUUCACCCCGACACCGGCAUUUCAUCCAAGGCGAUGGGAAUCAUGAAUUCGUUCGUCAACGACAUCUUCGAGCGCAUUGCCGGUGAGUCCUCUCGUUUGGCUCACUACAACAAACGCUCCACCAUCACUUCCAGGGAGAUCCAGACCGCCGUGCGCCUGUUGCUGCCCGGUUUCAGCCAAUACUGUUUACCUCACUGAUGAUUCAAAUGUGGCCCUGUUCCCUGGAGGAGUUACUGGUGUUUUCAGUACAUUAGACCUUACACCUAAGGGUCACUAUGAGGUCCAUGGCGAAGACAUGGAUUCAACCCUAGUAGGCCCUAACAGCCACAGUGGGUUACUGGCCCCUCCACGGCCACCAAAACAUUUCAGAGAUCAGUUUACCUUGCUGAGGUGGCUGGUGGGAGGUUGAUUCCCAGUAGAAUGGUGGUGGUUUGUAUCUGGAGGGUGAAGCAUCCCUUCACUGGGAAUAAUAGAAAAAGUGCAAGAUGCCAUUGGCAAUUACAGUCCUAUAAUUUUGACAGAUGCCUAGGGCAGUGCCAUUCUGGAGUCAAAAGGAACAACAGGCGAGUCA